GAAGUGCUCGGAUUUCUACCGGGCGUCCCUUUUCCCAAAAGAUAAGCUCAUGUUGUCUUUGAGCGAUACCCCAUUGGGCCCACAGGCGAACGUCGAGUCCCAGCCUUCAAGUUGCCCUCCCGAGCAUCAGCAUCAGUCCCGCUGUCCCCAGUCCCGAGCUGACUUCCACGCCGCGGAAGACGCCUACUACCGCGACCCCGCGAACGACACCUUGCUCCAAUUUCAGCCCUCUCAGCCCUUCAUGUCUAUCCAAGAGCACGGGAGGAAAAUAAUGGAAAAAGAACGAGAGCAACGACAAAAGAAGGAGCUAGGUCUGUCAGGGGAGCCCAUGUACAUGGCAAAACGCAUACGUUUCUACCUGUUGUUCUUGUUUCUUCCCGUCGCUCUCAGAUGAGAGAUUGGCGUCCGAUCCUGUUUUUGCGGAAAACUACCGUCUCUCUCGCUUGAUGGAAUGUGAGUCUGUAUGGACGAGGAAAAGGCAAUACCGACCGUCGACGAUGAAUGGCUCUUUCCUGUCUAUACCAUGCAGUUGAGUAUGUGUUUGGCAACCACAUUGAGGAGCUAGACUCGAACUGCUCUGAAGGUGAGCAAACAUGCAUUUGUGUUCGCAAGAUAUGUGCUCUGUGUCUGUCUCUGCCUGCCUGUGUGCGUGUUGUGCAGAGCCAGUUCUUACCAAUUGGCCACAGCGGUCCCGCCAUGUCACGCCCCCAAUGCUCUCCUCGCCUCUGCUGCAUGCAGCCACGCCAGCUGACAGUGACUCUGGAUCGGGCGGAUCCACCCCGCGGACACUCGGCCGUCCCUCUGUGGGCUGUUGGCCCUGUUCUUCGAAGGCCGAGCCGCUGAACUCACACUCUGAUCAUCGGCCCAACUCACAUUUAGGAGAGCCCAAUUCGGUCCCUCAACCGGUGUGGCAGCGGCUGUGGAGCUUUGUCUGUGCGCUGCCGGGGAAUGUGUGGCGGGGCUGCCGCAAAGUGUGGGACUCCAUCUGUGCCUGGUGCCAUCGGUGCCUUGUGGGAGACAAGAAGAGCCGCUGAGGGCCAAAAUGGCCUGCACGGGGGAGAGACGUGGCAAGGACGCCGAAAGGCUGAGAUUAGCAUCUGCCGUUCGGACGCCCUCGUGACGUGCUCUGCACCUUGUCAGGCGUUUACUGACCAGCGAUUCACAAGUCUCUGGGAGGCCGACAUAUUCGGUGCCUCCUUCCCUGCACCAGAGAGGGACGCCAUGACGCAGGGGACCACCUUAGGUGCCAUCAUGACGAGCGCCGCUACCCCAGUGUUUUCGCCGGCUUGAGGAACAGCUUGAGUACCUCGCAAGUGACUGACUCUUGAGGUUCUUGGGCAAGGAAAGGACGCCGUGUCUCGCGUAUGAAAGACAAUGCGACCGAGCCAUCUGUUGACUAGAGGGAUUCAGGGUCUGAGUGGCAGUUUCGCUCGUUUCCGCUACCAUUUGUCGCUUUCUUGGGCAUGUCUCUUGUGACGGGACAAACGGUCUUUUCAUUUCUGUCUUCUGGUAUUUUUCUGACGCCACCACGUACUGGGGAUUUGCUGCUCAUACUGUGGUGCACUGAUUGAUGACGUGUCAAAUGUUUGUGGCUAUCGCCGCUGCUUUUACUGGCGACUUUCGAUCAUGGGAUGUCAGGCAGGCAUGGAGAUUUUUCUGUGAAUGGCGAGUGGGACACAACUAAGACAGGGCAGCGGGGCAGCAGUUCAUCAAGAGUGCCAUCGAGCUUCAGCCACUUCCUGGUACUUCCUGGGCAGUCUCUGUUGACGCCCAUGGACGACAACAACGACAGAAGGAGCUUGAUCGUUGACGCAUA